AAAAGUGCUAGUUACCCUUAUUUUUCUCAAAUUAAAAAGAGGAAGGUUUUUUGGACGGGCCGGGUGACGCCUGUUUUACAAAAAUCGCCGCCACGGCACCGCCUUCGACCUCGUUCUUUCUCCGAAGCUUCUCUCUCUCUCUGUUUCUGUCUCUCCGUUCUGCUUUAUCAUCCUUCUAUCUCUCUCCAAAGAUGCCACAAGAUCUUCCAGGGUUCUAUUUUGAUGCGGAGAAGAACAGGUACUUCCCUAUCAAAGGCCCAAUUCCGGGUUCUUCUCGCAAUUCUUCGUCUGCUUCGACUUCAUAUUCUUCUACCACUGCUCCAAAGUCUCUAUCCAAGUCCAAUCUGGUAAACAAGCCAUGUAGGAGAAUUGGAAUAAAAACAGCCAAGCUACUCCGGGUCAGAGAGUUGCAUGGUAAAGUAAUCACUUCCAGUAAAGGGAAGUGCAACUUUCAGGAGGAAUACCAAAAAACACAUGCAUCUAAACCUAUGAUUUGGAAGUACCAUGGGACAAAAAGUAUUGGUGAUGGUGCUUUGGAACAGAUACAUGUUAAUAUAGGCAUGCCUCAUGGCCUAAUUGGAACAGACAUCCUGUUAGCAGGCAGUGCAAGUGGCUACUUGAGUCUUUGUGAAGUCGGAAAAGUUGGGCAACAAUUUGAUUAUGGGGACAAAUUCAUGCCAGAUUGCGUAUGGCCUCUCAAUACAAGAAAACGAGAAGUGUGUGUGGAAGUACCUGUACAUCUUUGGAGGCCUCCAGGAGCUUCAAUGCUUAUGUCCUCAAAUAUAUCUUGUAUAAAGAUGUGCGGGAAACAUUCUAAUACUGAGAGUUCAUCCAUGCAACAUGUUCUAAUAACCACUCUGGGAUCAGAAACAUCUGGUGGAUCUGUCAAUGUAUUGAACCUCAGCGAUCCCUUAGAUUAUGAUCUCCCUGUGUUGGAGAGAAGAGCAUCCAAGGUUACUUCGUUCAAUUGUACAGUUUGGACUGCUGAUUGCAGUUCUGAUGGGAGUCAAGCCGUCGUUGGCACCGAUCUUGGAGCUGCCUUGGUAAAUCUGGAAACUGGUGUGCAAUCAUGGGUGUUUCGUUGUAAAAGUGAUGUUUUGUCACUACAACUUGAUCAUUCGGGACGGAUUGUUUUAUGUGGUUUAAGAAAUGGAGCAAUUGUGACAGUUGAUACUCGCCAAAAAUCAGAAGAGUUUUCUGCUAGACUUACUAGGCACCGAAUUCCUUACCCUUCUCGUGGAACUUGUAAGCCUUCAAGUAGAAUCACUCAAAAUUUUACUAAACAGUGGUUCGAGCUGAAAGGCAACAUACUUCACUCUGAUAUCGUAUAUAUGCCUUCAUCUAUCUCCUGUUUGGCAUCACUUCAGUUGUAUGAUCGAUACUUCUUGUCAAGCUCCAUGGAUGGAUCAAUCAGACUCUAUGAUCAUCGUCUCAUCCGGAGAGGGCCCUUACAAUCUUAUGAAGGGAACAUGAAUUCCCAUACUCGUAUACAGCUUGGAGUUGACCCAUAUGAAAGAUUUUUCAUGUCAGGUGGAGAGGACUGCAAUUUACGGUUAUGGAGUAUUAAGUCUGGUGAACUGCUAUUUGAGGAUAAUUUUAUGGAUUCUGUCCCCUCAAUUGUGUGCUGGCCGAAAGAACUUCCAAGAGUUCACGAUGAAAUGCAAAAUCAAAGAGAAGUAUACAGCCAGGAUUAUAGUCAGGGAGCUUGGCUCGGAUCCCAAGAAGGACUAUUUUACAUGUGCUGGCCAUGACUUGUGAACGAUAGCAAAAUACAGGGCUAAUCCUCACUGACUUCUGUAAAGUAAUGUUUUCUGGCGGUUGGCUUGGAAUUGAAGUACACCGCAUGCUGAUAAUCACAGACGUGUCAACUGUAAGUCAUUUAUCACCCACAUUAAACACUAUCAACAUCUUUAGGCUAAAGUAGGGCUGCAAACUGCAAUCUUCAGAAUUGUAAAUGCCUUUUCUGUUUUCCCUAGUUUCUUUUUUUAUUUAAUUUGUUCAGGCGAAGAAUUGAUUCCAAUGUUAGAAAAUAUUUUGUGUUAAUGGCAUAGGAUAUGCUUUUGUUAGCAAAACAUGUAAUGUUUUUACUUGUAGCUUGGAUGUCUGAUCUUGUUCAUUUCAUGGUUUCAUAUGGUUGUAGCACUUAAUCAAAAUUCAAAAUCAGUGAUUUAUAAUUAUCAUAUCAUUUAAGUUC